GCGAGUUUCUGCGCCGUCAACCUGCUAGUUUACGAACUGGGCCCGCUGCGGAAUGACGGCGGAGUGAGUUCUCGCGGUGUUUGGUUCGCAGCGGGAGCGCCAUGACCGUCCGCUUCAAGUGUCAGAGUGAAUAUCAGAAGAGUUACGGGGCGCCUCGGUCCAGAAGCGUCUCUCCUCGGCGCUGGACGCCGCUGGCCGGCCUUCGCUCCGAUCACAUGGGACUCACCAGAGAACCUCGACUUCAGCGCCGGAGGAAGCUCGGUCCGCUUGGUCCGGCCCGGUCCUGCAGCUCUUUGUUUUGUCCAGCGGACGUGAAGAACUCAGAACCGGCUACUCGUGCUCACACCGCGUCCAGAAGCCGCUCGGCCGACACGAAGAAAACGAACCACAAACCGUCGACGCCUCCUGAACCCCCAGCCAGACCUCGACCUGCUGCAGACCCAAGACCUCCAGAACCUCCAGAACCCAGACCAGCAGCAGAACCAACAGCUGAGAGAAAAUCUGGGAAGCCCCGCCCCUCCCAGUCCGACAGCCAAUCACAGCCCAGCCAACCUCUGACAGCAGCGGCUGAGCGACAGCAGCAGGUGGAUCGAGUGAUGCGAUGGAGGGCGGGGCUUCGGCCCGAAGGUCACAGGUCAGAGUAUCGCCGACAGUUCGGCUGGAAGAAGUCGACUGCUUCGCCUUUACUGAGCGCAGAGCAGGUGCUGAACUCCGGCGGCAGGUCCGCCCCCGCCUUCAGGAGAAACCCGGUUCCCAUGGAGACAGAGUACAGGCGGAGCUUCCAGGGUCAGGCCCCGCCCACCGGGCCCCGCCUCCGGGAACACCUGGAGCUUCAGCGAAGUCCGCUGUACCGAAGUCACACGACCAACAGGAGGAGGGAGGAGCCACAGAAGAAGCUCCGCCCCGAACAGGAAGCAGCUCAGGGAGAGGACGCUGCAUCGGCCCCGAAGGCCACGCCCCCUCCACAGGUGCAGAGAGGACACAGGACCUUAACAGAGUUUCAGUCCAGCUUUGGUUCUGUCUGCAGGAACCAAGAGGGAGGCGGAGCCACGGAGGGCGACGCCCACCAGGCGAAGGAGUUGCGGCAGCAGGCCUUGACGUACCGCCACCGAGCCUGGGGAACCAACUUCUCCAGAGACCACCUGAGCCAGCUGCGGUCUGAACACAACAUCCUGUGGGAGCCGACGGACGCCACGGACUCACCGUCCAACGCCGCCACCGCCGACCCCGACAGUCGCAGCACUUCCCACGUGGAGGCGCUGGACCUGGCCAGUAGCUCCAGUAAGACGCCAUCGGUUGCAGGUUCAGGUGACAAACGCCACAUGAGCAAGAAGACACAAACAAACCCACGAACACCUUCAGGUCCUCCUGCUGAACGACGUGCAGCCUGGGGAGAAGAAGAAGAAGAAGAAGAAAACUCUGAUGAAGAGGAGGGUCGGCUGCCGACUCCCAUGCUGAGAACGAGGCCGGUUCAGAGGACUCACCACGACCUCACCACUCCUGCCACCGGAGGCGCUAUCCUCGUUGGAAAGCUGAAGGGCGCUGAUGACUUGUCUCCAUACAAACAGAGAUCGAUCUCGGCCGUUUCGAGGGCGGAGACUGCCGUCGACCUGCCGGUCAAACCCAAGGAGGCGUGGUCAGAGGUGAACCCCGCCUCCACUAGCCCCUCCCCCGACCACAAACCGUCUUCCAGCCGUCUGUCUAAACCAAUCAGGACGAAGCAAACGCCUCCAUCCCCCGUAGCUCCGCCCCCUCUGGUGCCGCCUCCACAGCACUGCAUCCAGGGAACGCUGAGACACCCGGACUUCCAGCACAACGGUGACCUCGGUCUGAGGUUCAGGGAGCUGCAGUGUUCAGGUGGCGGCUGUGGCUCCGACGACGACGACCGGCUCUCGGUGAUGUCGUGGCGCUCGGCCGCCUCCUGCUCGAUGGCGUCCGCUGUCCUGGAGCGCGCUCAGAAGAGACGGGAGAGCUUCUGGGGGAAGAGAUGACGUCCGGCCUCCGCUGCUGUCGCCGCGGAAACUAGCGUGUGCUGUGUGUAGAGCUGAGUGGUUAGUGUGUUGGAAGCGUGUUUGACAGGAGAAUCAACGCUGAAUUUAUUCAUGUGAAUGAUUUUGUUGCUUCUGGUGUAAAUGUGAACGGAGGUCGUUCUACAUAAAACCAACCAAAUCUGAACCCAGUUCCUCCAAACCUCCUCAGAACAUCUGGUUCUGUAUCUACAGUAACUUCAUCUAAUGAGACUGAGACACCUGGAUGGAUGUAGAACUGAUCUGGUGUCAGGUUCUAGCAGAACCCAGAUGU